AUGUCACGAAAUACAUCACACGGGAGCGGGUAUAGCAAUUACUCGGGAUCUAGCAACGGCCAGUUCGAUGUUGCAGUAUCACCAAACUCUGAAGGCAUUAACGAUUUCGAUCUCAACGUCAACCCAACAGACGUGGGAACUUAUUUCACAAACGAGAACGUAAACGACAACGGUUACCAAGUAGGAGGCGUGGUAGAUACAACAAACUAUAUCACGGCUGGUAAUGGGAACGAUACGGGCUACCAAGUUGAUGAGUCGGGAUUCCAAUAUCAGCUCUACAACUUUGUCGCUACUGGGAACUUAGGACAGGGGCCAUACUGGCAACUAAAGCCCGGUUAUACUCCAGACACGAACUACCCAGCCACCAUACCGGCUCAGCAAAGCUCUGAAGUGCCACGUUCAACAAAUGAAUCUGCGAACCGCCACGUCUGUCUCGAACGCUUCUGUCAAGCACCACCUUUUAAACGCAAGGCAGACCUUGAACGACACUAUCUACACAGGCACCGUGACAGCAGUCAGAAAGAGGCAUUCCCUUGCGACUGGAAAAGAUGCCAGAGAUUCAAGGAGCCCUUCUACCGCCGCGAUCACUGCAGGGAACACUAUCGUGACUACCACAACGAGGAUUUAGAGCCACGGGGUUCCAAGAAACAAUCCAACGAAUGGUGGAAGAGCCGCAACGUCGACACUAAGUGGUGGCGCUGCGCCAAAUGCCUCAACCGCAUUCCCAUCGACAGCAAGGGGUUCGAGUGCUCCAAAUGCAAGACAACUUGCGAAACCGAGAGACGAAAGCUGAGAGGUUACAAAUAA